AUGGAGGACUCUGAUAGUGACAAUGAUUGGAAUUGGAUGGAAUCACUGGAUCCUAUACAACAACAUUGGGCCGAAGAGAACAAAACAUUUGUUCCUACAAAAGCAUCGGCAUUUAUUUCUGAAAAACUGCUAACACAUGACAGAAUUAUUAUAACAGGGUCAGCGGGAUCAGGCAAAUCUGCCAUAGCGCAACACAUCGCUCUCAAAUAUGCCAUGGAGAAUAAACGGAUUUCCUACAUCAAUGCCUUGGACGAGAUUGAAGAAAGAAUUCCGAAUAUGGCAGGAACCGAUAUAGACAUAUUUGUUAUUGAUGACCCCAUAGGGAAAUAUCGUUUCGAUCCAUUGGCCUUUAGAUGGUGGCGACGUCAGCGGAAACAGCUGAAAUACUUCUUAAGACGUGGACGAAAAAGAGAGAAGGUUGCUGAAGAUAUCAGAGUCCUUCUGACUUGCAGAUCGGAUCUUAUAGAUGACGAUUCGUCAUUAUUCUUUAAAGAUUAUACAAUGAUCAAUAUUGAUGAAGAUUCAUUAGCCCUGACAAAUGACGAGAAAGAGAACAUUUUGAAGUCUCAUAUCAGUGUAUCAGACUUGGGUGAGAACGAUAUCAAACUUAUUUCAGAAUCAACUAAAGCAUUUCCAACAAUAUGCCAGACUGUUGGAUGCAAUGAAAAUUUUCAGGCUAACAUAAACACAUUUUUUCAAAAUCCCUCCGAAUUGAUCAGAAAAGAAGUCCUACAUUUGAAAGAAAAUGCUAAAGAAAAAUAUCUGGCGCUGUUUUUGAUUGUGAUAUUCAAUAACUCGUUUGUGCAAGAUGAUUUUUUGUUAGAUUGCCAAGAGAAUGUUGUUAAUGAUGAUGAAAAUGAUGAUGAUGACAAUGGAAGAUUGGCUGACAUUAACAAAGGAAUACUUACUGAUAUGAUGACAAAAUUUGGGUUUUCGGAGACAACCUCUGCUCGGUCUAUUCUAAGUAGUAUGGAGACUUUGAACGGACCAUUUCUAAAGAAUAUAGACGGUACUUUUCAGUUCCAAAAUAGUUUGUUGUUUCAAACAUGUGUUCACCUAUUCUGUACAGAGGUUUACGAUAUAUUCUUAGAAUAUUGUGACAGUUCAUUUUUUCGGAAAUAUGUCAAGACCGAUCUUCAAAACAAAGGAAAUUUGUUUGUGGAUAUAUAUCUAGAGGACAACUUCAUUGGCGGAUUUGUAAAGAGAAUAGCAAGUGACAUUUAUGAUGGAACAUUUUUGGAUGUAUUCUUGUGCCCUUGGACAAAUGAUGAAAGAGUGAUAAUGGCAAUGGAGAAAAUUUUGAUUACCAAAACCACAAAGGAUAUUAUGGAGUUGACUGUGAAUCAAGCACUGUCAAAAGAGGAUUCAGGACUGAAACCUUAUAGCAAAAAGGAACGAAUUGUGCUGAGGGGAUUUUCAAAACUUGAUUUCAUAAUAUAUGGAGACAAAAUAUCGCCGAUAGUUCUGUCAUUGAUUUUCAAUCAUAACAGAAUAUUUUCUGCUAUGUUUGAUAAACUGAAACUCGAUCAAAUCUCUAGUAGCUGUCUAAAAAAGGAACCACUUUUAAGUGCUGCUUGUGCUAAUGGUAACAAACAUUUAGUGGGGAAAAUAUUGGAAUUUUAUGGAAAAGCCUUGCCAAAUGUUAUGUGGAAUGACAACGAAAAGAUUCACGCCUUUCAUAUAGCUGCUAAUUUCCACCACGUUGAUGUUAUGGAAAUGUUUCUAGCCAAGAAGCAAGACGUAAAUAUCACAACAACUCUGAACGAAUCUCCAUUGUUUCUAGCCCUCUCUGUUGAAAUGUGGUAUGUAAAAACCUCGAAGCAAACCGACGAGGAAAGAAAGCAGGACGGGUUGUUGGAAACUCUCAGUCUUCUUAUUAAGAAUGGGGCAAAUGUUAACACUCACUCAGAAAACAGAGAACAUCCUUUGACUUUGGCUUGUAGCAAAGUGAAUAUCAAAGCCACGCAAUUGUUACUUGAACAUGGAGCAGACGUUAACAAAGUAGGUAUCUCUAAAAUUGGCGGAUUACACUUUGCUGCGAUGCAUGGACAUGCUGACCUCGUUAAUUUAUUGUUAGAAAAAGGAGCAGAUAUCAACUUACGUACGUCAAAAAACCAAACUGCCUUAUAUUUCGCAGCAAGGAAAGGUCAUCCUGCUAUUGUCGAGAUUCUUCUUUCCAGAGGAGCAGAUAAAGAACUGAAAACUCAUACAUGGAAUUCACCAUUCUUUGUGGCUUGUAGAUAUGGUCACGAAAAAGUAGUAAACCUUCUUUUGAAAUUUUUCUCAGAAGACGUAAAGAAAUCAGAUAGAGAUGAAUGUCCUCCUUUACACGCAGCGAUUGAAUCUGGUAAGGUUGAAAUCGUAAAUUUGCUUCUCGAAAAUGGCGCUAAGGCAAACGCCAGAGAGGAAAGGUCUAUGAAAAGUCCGCUCUAUUUGGCAGCUGGUUUAGGAAAAUUGAGCAUUGUCAAAUUGUUGUUACAGAAAGGAGUGUCUAUAGACAUUCAAACAAAGGAUGGGUGUACACCACUUAUCAAGACAUGUAAAAAUGGAUUUUGUUUAGUUGCACAAUGUUUGCUUGCAAACGGAGCAAACGUGGAUAUUUGUGAUAAACGCAAAUGGACUCCACUGUUGUAUGCUUCAAAAUAUGGUCAUUUGGACAUUGUUAAACUCUUGCUAGAAAGUAAAGCAGAUAUGAGUUUGAGUACCGGAAAUGGAGAAGAUCCGUUGUACAUCGCGUCUUCUUGGGGGCAUGAAGAAAUAGUGAAAGAACUUCUAAAGCGGAAAGCAAAUGGCAAUACCUUGAGCACGGGUCUAAGAACACCACUCUCUGUGGCUGUGAAGAAAGGUCAUAAAAAGGUGUUGGAAGUCCUUCUUCUCAAUGGUGCUAACGUGAAUCAACGAGUAGACCACAAUGAUACUUCCCUUAUCAUUGCAGCAAGAGAAAACUUGCUUGACAUUGUAAACAUACUGCUGAAAAACGGUGCUGAUAUUACAUUGAGUGAUUGUGAAAUGGAAAAUGCAUUGCACAAUGCAUGCCAAACAGCCAGCAACGAUGUUAUUGAGACACUGUUAGAUGCUGGACUCGAUAUAAACGGCCCUCAAUGUGAGGGAUAUUCUGCUUUACAUUUGGCAUUGAUGAACCACAACAGACAAGCGGCUUUGUGUCUAUUAGAGCAUAAUUCAGAUGUUAAUAUGAUAUCUAAUGGGAAAACCCCAAUUUCCCUUGCUUGUGAAACUGGAUAUUAUGAUGUAGUAGAAGCACUUUUGAAUAAAAAUGUUGAAGUUAAUCCAGAAAAUGAUAGUAGACCGUUGACACCCGAUCCCCUGAGCAUAGCAGCUGGGAAUGGCUCUCUACAAAUAGCACAAACUUUAAUUCGAUCCAAAGCCAUUGUCAACUCUCGAAAUUCUGAAGGCGAAACUCCGUUAUUUCAAGCCACUAAACAAGGACAUUGCAGGUUGAUGAAAUUGCUCAUUGAUAACGAAGCUCGUGUUAAUAUCCAAGAUAAAUAUGGAAAAACAUGCCUACAUCUGAGUGUGUGCAAACAUAAAAGUGAUGAUAUGGUAUUGCUCUUAUUGAAGAACAACGCAGCUGUGAAUGUGUGCACCAAAGACGGAAUCACCGCUCUGAUGAUGGCUAUCGCGGGAAAACAAGGAGUGUCCGAGAAACGGAUCCGUUCUAUCAUUGAACACGGCGCAAAUGUUAAUGCACAGGAUACAUUUGGAAAAACUGCACUUCACCGAGCAGCAGAGUUGGGUUUGGGAUCUGUCAUAGAAACACUGUUAAAUAAUGACGCCAAUGUUAAUACAUGUAAUCAAGAUGGCGAAAGUGCUCUAUUCAUUGCGACUAAGAGCGGACAUGCAAAUGUUGUUCAGUUACUUCUACAGAACAAUGCAGAAGUCAAAGUACUUUCAAAUUCCGGUGAAAGUCCAUUCGAUAUCGCCAAUCGAAUGGAAUUUCACAACAUUUCCAAACUUCUACAGGAAUCUGCAGCUAUCAAAGCAGAUAGAGGUGAUUCCCCAAAGUUAGAUUCGAAAGAAGAUUCUAUAACUUCUAAGGAGCGGAAACUGGUAUUGGUCAAAUGUAACCCUUUGGGACCUGCUCUGCCAAGAAAACGAAGUCCCUAUAAGAUACCAGUUCGACGAUAAUAGAAAGAAACAGAAGUAUUUCUUGUCAUACCUUUAUGAAUUGUUGCGAUAGAAAUUGGAAAAUCUUAAUGCAUUGCUAGAACUAUGAAUGUUUUGUCUUUUCACGAUACCAACAAGUAUCGUGGCUGUUCAAAGCUGUAAUUUGCUGAGUAGUAAGGAAAUUCGAAAUUUAGAUUACUUAAUAUAAGUGAAGAUUCAUUUACUCAAAUUUCUUUAAUUUUUUGUUUUUAUAUAUGUAUGUUUUAUUUUUAAGAUGAACCCGCAUGAUUACUACUCAUAACACAAAUACUUUUAACAUAUGUUAUGCAUAUGUUUGUUGGUUUUUUUGUUGUUUUUUUUUCAGAACAAAACCUCCUUUCUUAAAUUACAGUAUACUCUAGAUAUAAAUUUUGGGGAUGCUUAAAAUUUUCUUUAGGAUUUAAUAUUUUUCAACAUUUUCUUGGUUAUACAAUCAAGUAAAUAUCCAAGAAAUUCGAAAAGGUUCCAAUUCAGCUACUCAAUGUAAAUGUAUUCGUAUUUCAUGUCCUAUAAAUGUAUGGUGUGAUUUUUGUAGUCGUUGUAUCAUGUUGAAGUUUAUCAAAUAAAAUCAAUCCACUAUAGGAAUUUACUGUUUUGUUUAUUUGUUGAAUUGUGCAUUAACGUUUAUACGAAGACAUUUUUAAAAAUAAUUUUAGUAUUAUGUAUUUACAUGCAAAUCUCUUGGUAAAAAGUUAAAUAAUUCAUUCAUUAUAAAUAUCUGUCUGAAAUAAGAAUAAGUCAUUUACUGCACACACGCACGCACACACAUAAACACACACACACACACACACACACACACACACACACACACACACAUGCAUACAUAUAUAUAUAUAUAUAUGUAUAUAUAUAUAUAUAUUCAAAAUUGAAAUAGAGUCUCAGUAAUCGGAUACUAAUAUUUAAAAAAAUAUGGAAAAAAAAAUACAGAAAUCCUCCAUAAAACUUUAGCGCUUUCAUUACAUCUUCAGAAGCUUUACAAAAAUGUAUACAUAGCAGUAUCAUAGUAACAGUGAUUAUGACGUCAAAGUAAGCGGAACGUUAAAUGUCUAUAUUGUGACGUCAUGGAUAAUGUAAAACAAUGAUCUGGAAAAAGUACGGGAAAAUCAUAGGCAAUUAUAAAAGACUAUUAAAAGUUUUGGCUUUAGAAUACCAAUGAAAUGUUUUUCUUUUUCCCGUCUCUGAAUAGCACUGGCACAUCUGAGUUUAUAAAAUGGGAAAAUGUUAAAUCGUUUUUUACCACACGUUUCCAGGUGUGCACUUAACUGGAUUUGUCUGUAUUCAGGUGUACUGAUGUGCUGCUUAUGUACACGUACACGGGCACGGAGAGUGUUGCCAGUUUCACCAAUGUAAUAUUCCUUGCAUCCAGGACAUGUGAUGGCGUAUAUGACAUCCUUUGUAUCGCAUGACAUGUUAGCAUUAACUUUAAAUUCUCGUCCGUUAAAAUUAUAACUGGUCCCUUCUGUAAUGUAGUCACAUGUACCGCAU